CAGUCGCUUUAAAGAGCUCGAAUCGUGCGGACAUCGGCAGAGGUAUAGAGUGGUCUGUAGCACGUAAUUAACCAAGAGGAGAGUCAAAAAGAAAUAACGUCGCGUCGACGUCGAAGGUGAACACGCAGUUAAAAGUCCAAAAACAAACCCAACGGUGGCAAAUUGUAAUAGAACAACUAAUCAUCAACAACAAAGACAAGGAAAGCAAAGCCUACACACGGGCGUAGGCGUCUGGCCAACAGCUGUUUUUCCAGCGCUCUCCGUAUUCAGCAAACUCUCAGCGCUUACAAACGUCGGCAGAGACAAAGUCAGAGACUGGGCAGCGGGAGCAGCAAAACUCACAUUCAGUUCAGAUCGCGUUUUUCUUCGGAGUGGAUGAGACGUUCGUUCGGCAGUUCUAUUGCUAACAAAUUACCUACUCCGCGAACUCACCCCCCGCGAGAACAAAAAGAACAGAACAUAACCGAAUGAAAAGACAAGGAGUAGCAAAGAACCAACGGUUAAGUUAGCCAGCGACAACGGGCAAAAAGACUGAAAUCACACGUGGAUUGUUCACUCACCCCGACACGCGCACCCACUCGCACUCACACUCACCCAGCAGCUCCAACUGUUCGCUGCAUUUAUGUAAAACCAAACAAAGACUGAUUAAAACGCUAAUAAAUAUACAAUAAACGUAACGAUACAAAGUUAAACACGCGAACAGCAGCUAAUAUUAUACGGGUUAAAGCGAAUUCCAAAGCAAAGCAAACACACAUAUGGAUUAAGGUUCCUCCUAUCUCAAAACAAAAAAAAAACAAAAACAACAACCAACUCACGGAUUACCUGCUGCGGCAAUUUACCGUUAGCCGCUCUUUUUGGAUUACCAGUGCCAAUAAAACCACAAAAGUGAAUUUUUUCGAAAGUGAAGAAAGCGAAAAACGCACGCAAAAUGCUAAAAAUCUAAAUCAAAGUAAAUAAGCAAACCAAAAGCGAAUUCUGUGUUACCGAAACGAGAGCAUAAGCUAAAAGAGCUCCUGAAAACAGCAAUGACGAUGGCCGCCUGUUAUGCCAACUACGACAUGUCGUCCCUGUCGCACGGCAUGUCGGCCCUGUCCGCCCUGCAGCACCAACAGCAGCAGCAGCAACCACAGCAGCACAGCCAGACGCAGCAACAGCAUCAUCACCAGCAGCAGCAGCAACAUAUGUACCACGCCGCCGUAGCUGCCCACCAGCAGCAGUUGCUGCAGCAGCAGCAGCAGCAACACCACCGCCAUCACCACCAGCCCGCCAACACCAACACCAGCAGCAACUCGCGCCACAGCCAUGCGGCGGCGACCCAAACGCAGGUCGCCGCCGCCGUUGCCAACAGUAGACAACAACAACAGCAACACCAGCAGCAGCAGCAGCAGCAGACUGCAAGCAGCAACACCAACGCUGCGCCCGCUCCAUCAUCGCAGAAGGACUACAGCAUCCCGCUUCACGUAGACUGUAGCGUGGAGUACGAGCUGCCCAACCAGCCCAAGCCGCCGGCGGGCCAGAGGGUGGAGCCUCUGCUGAUGAUCCACCCGUGCUACUUCCGCAAGAUGGAGUCGCAGCGGCGCAGUCCGUUCGUGAACAACAUGCAUGCGACCGCGCGGGCGGUGAGCAGCAGCUCGUUGAGCAGCGGAGCGGCCCUGGGCGGAGGCGGAAGCGGUACCGCGGUAGCCACGGCGCCCAGCAGUAGUGCCGCGCGACGUGGAGCCCGGGCGGCCACAAGCGCCCAGCAGCAGCAACAGCAGCAACGAUACCAACAGCAACAGCAGCAACUGCGACAGCAGCACCAGCAGAUGUCGCAGAUGUCGCAGCAGGCCCACUAUCCGCAGCAACAGUCUAGUCUGGUCCGCCAGCAACAGCAGCACCACCAGCAGCAGCAACAACAGCAGCAACGUGCCAGCAGCAACCAAAGCCAACGCCAAAGCCAAAGUCAGAGCCAGAGCCAGAGUCAGAGCCAGAGCCAUGCAGCCAACUCAGCGGCGGCUGCUGCGGCCCAGGCCUCGAUAGCCGCCGCAGCCGCCGGCCAGUGGGAUCAGCUGGCGGCUGCGCUGGCCGCCCGCACCGCCCUCACGCCCCACCACAUGCUGCACCCCCACAGCCAGUACGCAGCCAAGGGCAGUGGUGGCGGUGCAGGGGGCGGCAAGCGGGACGCCAUGAUCUCCGGCAGCUACGGACAGACGGCGGUCGCCUCGGGGAAGCUGCAGCAGUCGCAGGUGCAGCAGCAACAGCAACACUGCUUACCUCCGCCGCCAUGGGACGCGACGUCCAUGCUGAUGGACCGCUCGCCGAUGGCCACAGUUCCUAGCAAUUAUCAGGCCGGCCCUGACACCAACCCCAUGCGCCUCUACUCGGCCACGCCCACCUCCGGAGCGGCCUCGGUGGGGUCGGCGUCGGUGGGCGGGGGCGGAGGCGGAGCGGUGAGCGGUGCGGGAGCGACGGGAGCAGUGAACACGGCCACCGACAAGUUGAGCGGAAAGUACCGCCAGUACUUACGGUCUCAGCGGAUGCACCCGUACGCGGCGGCCGCCUCGCUCAACUUGGCAGCCGCCGCCGCUGCCGCCGGACAGACCUCGUUUGUGCCGUUCAACUCGGCGGCCACGGCGGUGGCGGCCACGCCCACAUUCCAGCACCUGCCGCAGAUCUCCUGCUACAAUGUGUGAUGCAGCACCAGCAGCAGCAACCAGGACAAUGCAACAUCAGCAGCAGCAACAGCAAAAGCAACAGCAACAAGCCAAUUGCAACACAUGAGACAGGCGCCUACCAAGUACGCGUCGAUGAAAUAGCCGCCUCAAGGAAUAACCAAUAGAUCCUCCCCUAAACAGUACUAUAUAUACACAUCCCUCAAAGCUUUUAGAAUCAAAAGUAAUUAACUCUAAAAAUAUUAAGAGAUGAAACUAAAUUCUGUCUAGCUGCUAUGAGAAAUUGUUGUCCGACGGUAAGAAAAGAGGAAAUGAGCGAUCUUUUUUUCUUUUAGUAAUGGUAGUAAUUGAUAAACGAUACAAAAACAAACAACAAAAAAAUGCAAACUAUUGUAGUGAUAUUUGUUAUAAAAUAAUUUUAGUAAUUAAUUUAAUUUAAAUUAAACAACCAACAAGAAACAACAGCAACCGCUCUGUGUAAACCAACAACAUAAACAAUAACAACUGCAACAACAACAAAAACGGCAAAAACAUACAACCAAACAAUUGCUAAAAGUUAAACAUACGCAUAUUUAAUUAAAAAUCAACAAAAUGUUAUAACAACCAUUUACCAAAAGAAUACGAAAAUAUAAAAGCAAAAAUUAUUACCGAACAAUAAAGAGAGGAGAGUAAAGCAGAAAAAAGGAACAGAAAAAAUACGAAUAAAAAUUAUUCAAAAUUAUGCAACGUAAUUUGAAGCGAGAUAUGCAAAAAUUAA